AUGUUACCAUCCAUGUUGACGUUGAUCCUGGCAUGCGUGGCCAUCGCCGCCUGUCAGAAAGACAUACGAUAUCCGGACCUGCCACCCACCGCGGAUGGUCAACCGUCUACGUUCCUACGCUCAUUCGCAGCUUCGCGCAACAAGUAUGCCCUUAGGUCACGUCGACAUCUGGGCAUUCCUCUAACUGGAGACAACCAGCCUGAUUAUUCAAACCGUCGUAAGCAAGAGGAAGUAGUAGGAGGGGUGGAUCACCCCCCAAUCAACAAUGGUCGUAGACAAGAAGAGGUCAUAGGAGGGGUGGACCACCCCCCAGUCAACAAUGGCCGUAGACAAGAAGAGGUCAUAGGAGGGGUGGACCACCCCCCAGUCAACAAUGGCCGUAGACAAGAAGAGGUCAUAGGAGGGGUGGAUCACCCCCCAUUCAACAAUGGUCGUAGACAAGAAGAGGUCAUAGGAGGGGUGGAUCACCCCCCAUUCAACAAUGGCCGUAGACAAGAAGAGGUCAUAGGAGGGGUGGACCACCCCCCAUUCAACAAUGGUCGUAGACAAGAAGAGGUCAUAGGAGGGGUGGAUCACCCCCCAUUCAACAAUGGUCGUAGACAAGAAGAGGUCAUAGGAGGGUUGGACCACCCCCCAUUCAACAAUGGUCGUAGACAAGAAGAGGUCAUAGGAGGGGUGGAUCACCCCCCAAUCAACAAUGGUCGUAGACAAGAAGAGGUCAUAGGAGGGGUGGACCACCCCCCAAUCAACAAUGGCCGUCGACAAGAAGAGGUCAUAGGAGGGGUUGAUCACCCCCCAUUCAAUAAUGGUCGUAGACAAGAAGAGGUCAUAGGAGGGGUUGAUCACCCCCCAUUCAAUAAUGGUCGUAGACAAGAAGAGGUCAUAGGAGGGGUGGAUCACCCCCCAUUCAACAAUGGUCGUAGACAAGAAGAGGUCAUAGGAGGGGUGGACCACCCCCCAUUCAACAAUGGUCGUAGACAAGAAGAGGUCAUAGGAGGGGUUGAUCACCCCCCAUUCAACAAUGGUCGUAGACAAGAAGAGGUCAUAGGAGGGGUGGAUCACCCCCCAUUCAACAAUGGUCGUAGACAAGAAGAGGUCAUUGGAGGGGUGGAUCACCCCCCAUUCAACAAUGGCCGUAGACAAGAAGAGGUCAUAGGAGGGGUGGAUCACCCCCCAGUCAACAAUGGCCGUAGACAAGAAGAGGUCAUAGGAGGGGUUGAUCACCCCCCAUUCAACAAUGGUCGUAGACAAGAAGAGGUCAUAGGAGGGGUUGAUCACCCCCCAUUCAAUAAUGGUCGUAGACAAGAAGAGGUCAUAGGAGGGGUGGAUCACCCCCCAUUCAACAAUGGUCGUAGACAAGAAGAGGUCAUAGGAGGGGUGGACCACCCCCCAGUCAACAAUGGUCGUAGGCAAGUAGAGUAG